AGGCCAGAGAGAGCAGAGAAGAAAGUGGUGGUGAACGCCUGCUUUCAUGCGUGGGGAAGAGCAUGAGCCUGCAUUGACAUUUCUUUCCAAGGUCCCAUUUUCUCCAGGUUGGAAUAACUGUGGGUCACCACUACUGAGUCAGGAAGCAUGCUAGAGGAGAAUCUCCAUUGAAAAGCAACAACCAAGAAUACAGACUGGCAUUGGUCCCAGUGUCUCCUUUGAGAAUCACCAGAAUAUCCUGAUGGAGGAGGAAGAUACCCAGAGAGAAGAGCCUGAGGAAGAUGCCCAGAGAGAGGAGCCCAGAGAAGAAACCCAGAGAAAGGAGCCCAAACAAGAUGGAGUUGGUGAUGCACAACAUUUUGAGUCCAGCAAGAAUAUGGAAGAGUAUAGCCACAUGCAAAAGCAGUUGGAUUUACAAAAUGGUAGCACAGAGGAAGGAUUUGUAGAGCAAUCCCUGGAGAAAGAUUCCCAAAAUAUGAUGGAGAGCCUAAGCCCGAAGAAGUACUCUUCCAGCCUUAAAUUUAAAGCCAAUGGAGACUAUUCUGGUUCAUAUUUAACCCUCUCACAACCCAUGCCUGCUAAGAGGAGCCCUUCUCCUUUGGGUACCAGUGUCAGGAGCAGCCCCUCCUUGACCAAAAUCCAGGGAAGCAAGCAGUUCUUUGAUGAAACUGACAAGAGUAUUUCCAUGAAACCUCCCACUCCUCUCCUUAGCAAUACACCCUCCCUCAGUGGUUAUCCACUUGGGAGGGCAGAUUUUGAUCAUUAUACUGGCCGGGACACUGAAAGGUCCUUGAGGCUUUCAGAGAAACCUCCCUAUUCUAAAUACAGCUCUAGAAAUAAAUCGCAUGAUAAUGUCUACUUUUUUGGAGGACUGGAAGGACGAAAGGCAUCUGGUUCACUUCUGGCCAUGUGGAAUGGAGGUUCCCUGAGUGACAGUGCCCCAUCUCCCAUCAGCAGAUCUGGGGCAGCUAGCAUGCCUUCAAGCCCGAAGCAAUCCAGGAAAAUGAACAUUCAGGACAACCUAGCACUUCAGCCCAAGUCAACCCGACACAAGGAACCUGUGUCUGAAAACAUCAGUUCAAGAACUAGGAAGUAUUCAGGCAGCAGCCUAAGCCACAUGGGAGCUUAUAGCAGAUCGCUCCCCAGGUUGUACAAAGCCACAGAGAACCAGCUGACCCCUCUCAGCUUGCCUCCAAGAAAUUCUCUAGGCAAUUCCAAACGAACGAGACUGGGGGAAAAGGAUCUACCUCAUAGCAUAAUAGACAAUGACAAUUACCUUAAUUUUUCCUCUCUAAGCUCAGGGGCUUUACCCUAUAAAACCUCUGCACCUGAGGGCAGUCCUUAUGUAAGUUCCACCCUCAGUGUUCCUGCCAGUCCUCGGGUGGCUCGGAAGAUGCUUCUGGCCUCCACCUCCUCCUGUGCCUCUGAUGACUUUGAUAAGGCUCUGUACGCGGGAACUAGCCCAAGCCAUUCAUUUCCUGCUGGGGAAAUGGACAGAGUGUUUGUGGCCAGGAGGAACUUCUCUUGUAGCUCUGUGGACUUUGAUGAUGCUGACUUGGACAGCCUCAGGCAGGCCUCAGGGACGCCCCAACCUGUCCUUCGGGAAAGGAAAAGCAGCAUCAGCUCCAUUUCAGGACGUGAUGACCUGAUGGAUUAUCACCGACGACAGAGAGAAGAAAGACUGAGGGAGCAAGAGAUGGAGCGAUUGGAGAGACAGCGUCUGGAGACUAUCCUCAGUCUCUGUGCUGAGUACACAAAGCCCGACAGUCGCUUGUCCACAGGCACCACCGUGGCAGAUGUGCAGAAAAUCAACAGGGAACUUGAAAAACUGCAGAUCUCCGAUGAGGAGUCCGUGUUUGAGGAAGCCUUGGUGUGCCCCGAUACAAGAUACAGGUGCCACCGGAAGGGCUCUCUCCACAAUGCAGACCUGGCUGGCUUCGGGAGCCUCAGUCAGAGCAGUGCCAGCUUCCUUGCCCCCAGGAGCAUCAGGAAUGAUGAACUGCUUGGCGACCUCACCAGGACUCCCCCAACACCCCCCUCUGCCUUUCUGAAAGCUUCCAGCGAGUCCUCCUACCUGAGUAUCCUACCAAAGACCCCAGAAGGAAUAAGCGAAGAACAGAGGACUCAGGAGUUGGCCGCAAUGGAAGAUGCCCGAAUCACAAUUCUGAACAACCUUGAAGAACUUGAACAAAAAAUCAAAGAUAUAAAUGACCAGAUGGAUGAAUCCUCCAGAGAGUUGGAUAUGGAAUGUGCUCUUUUGGAUGGAGAGCAGAAAUCUGAGACAACUGAACUUAUGAAGGAGAAGGAGAUUUUGGAUCAUCUAAACCGGAAAAUAGCAGAACUGGAAAAGAACAUUGUUGGUGAAAAGACCAAGGAGAAGGUAAAGCUUGAUGCUGAAAGGGAAAAACUAGAGAGGCUACAGGAGCUUUACUCCGAGCAGAAGACCCAGCUGGACAAUUGUCCUGAGUCCAUGAGGGAACAGUUACAACAACAACUGAAGAGGGAUGCCGACCUGUUGGAUGUCGAAAGUAAACACUUUGAAGAUCUAGAAUUCCAGCAGCUUGAGCAUGAGAGCCGUCUGGAUGAGGAAAAGGAGAACUUGACCCAACAACUCCUGCGCGAAGUGGCUGAAUAUCAGCGGAACAUAGUCACUAGAAAGGAAAAAAUUUCUGCACUGAAAAAGCAAGCCAAUCACAUUGUUCAGCAGGCUCAGAGAGAACAAGAUCAUUUUGUGAAAGAAAAGAAUAAUUUAAUAAUGAUGCUACAAAGAGAAAAGGAGAAUCUUUGUAACUUGGAAAAGAAAUACUCCAGCCUUUCUGGGGGAAAAGGGUUUCCUGUUAACCCCAGUACUCUGAAAGAGGGCUAUCUCAGUGUAAGUGAAAUUAAUGAGCCAUGUGGCAAUUCCACGAAUCUGUCCCCUUCCACUCAGUUCCCUGCUGAUGCUGAUGCUGUUGUCACUGAGCCUGCCUCAGCUGUGCCGGUGAGCCAGCCACAGAGUACGGAGCAAAGAUCACCUGUCUGUUCUGGAUUUAUGUUUCCUUCCACUCUUUCUCCUCAUCCUGUCACUCAACCUCCAUCAAACCCUUGGCCGGAAGUCAUGGCUACAUCUGUCGAUACUUUUCCUUUAAAUGACACACCUCCUCCUCUACCAGCUAAGAAACACAGAAGGCAACAGCAGCAGGAACCACAGCACUUUAGAAGUCUGGAAGAAAGGAAAAAACAGCAUAAAGAAGGCCUCUAUCUGAGUGACACUUUGCCUCGAAAGAAAACCACACCUUCCAUCUCCCCACAUUUCAGCAGUGCUACAAUGGGGAGAAGCACCACCCCAAAGGCUCACCUGCCCCUGGGACAGAGCAACAGCUGUGGCAGUGUGCUCCCUCACUCGCUGGCAACCAUGACCAAAGACUCAGAAUCUCGGAGGAUGCUCAGAGGCGCAAUUAGUAAUUCCAAAAGUUCAAGUAUAAAAGGUUAUAAUCACCAGCAGAUGAGUGAAGGACAAAGGCAGAAAUCUGAAUUUUACAACCGCACAGCAUCUGAGUCAAAUGUGUACUUGAAUAGUUUCCAUUAUCCAGAUCACAGCUACAAGGACCAGGCAUUUGACACUUUGAGCCUGGACAGCUCUGAUAGCAUGGAGACCAGCAUCUCUGCCUGCUCACCGGACAAUAUCUCUAGUGCCAGCACUUCAAAUAUUGCCAGAAUAGAAGAAAUGGAGAGGCUGUUGAAACAGGCUCAUGCAGAAAAGACACGGCUGCUUGAAUCCAGGGAACGAGAAAUGGAAGCCAAAAAGCGAGCUCUGGAAGAAGAAAAACGACGCCGAGAACUCCUAGAAAAACGACUGCAGGAAGAAACUAGCCAGAGGCAGAAGUUAAUAGAAAAGGAAGUGAAAAUAAGGGAGAAACAAAGGGCACAGGCUCGUCCUUUGACACGAUAUCUACCUGUCCGGAAGGAAGACUUUGAUUUGCGGAGCCAUGUAGAGACUGCUGGCCACAAUAUUGACACCUGUUAUCAUGUAUCCAUCACAGAGAAGACCUGUCGAGGAUUCCUCAUCAAAAUGGGUGGAAAAAUUAAAACCUGGAAAAAACGUUGGUUUGUUUUUGAUCGGAAUAAGAGAACAUUUUCUUAUUAUGCAGAUAAGCAUGAAGCUAAAUUAAAAGGAGUAAUAUACUUUCAAGCCAUUGAAGAAGUAUAUUAUGAUCAUCUUAAGAAUGCUAAUAAGAGUCCUAAUCCAUUACUCACCUUUAGCGUCAAGACACAUGACAGAAUCUAUUACAUGGUGGCCCCAUCACCGGAAGCCAUGCGGAUCUGGAUGGAUGUGAUAGUUACCGGGGCGGAAGGGUACACUCACUUCUUGUUGUAGUGAAUGGAAGCAACCGUCCACUUCAGGGCAGACUGCAAUAAUCCCUUACAAGAAUGAAGCCAUAUUCAAUCCCAGAUGGAAAGACCCGAUUGACCCCCUCUCUGUGACUGUACACGCUCAGAACUCUUUUCAUAUUGAGAAGUCUUUUGUAAAAAGAAGAGGCUUUAAUUCAAAGUUUGAUCAUACAUAACAAAAGAAUUGAAGCGCCUAUGAGAAACACUAUUUUGAUAAAUAGCAUCAUGUAUGAACAUUUCAUAUAAACUAUUUUUUAUCAAUUGUUGGUUUUGGUGAAAUGAACUAACAGUUUACAAAAUGUCUGUAUAUAUGUACUUGAAAAUAUAGAAUUAGUUUAGCAUCCAAAUCAUUGCCAUUGACAUUAUUGGUAAUCAACUGACUUUUUAAAAAUAGCAUUUUAUCAAUACAAGUAAAUAAGGGCUUGGAGGAGAAUGUGUUUUAAGAAUUUUGCCUUAAUUUUUAAGUACUGCACCAAAACCAAAGACUUGGCAUGAUUUCUGUUUAGCAAUAGUAGUUUCAAGUAAUAAACUGCACUUAGUGUGACUCUAUAUUUUAAAAUGAUAUUUUGAUGCCAUCAAGUGCCCAGGAAAUUGACUUUGCAAUGUCACCAACAGCAUAAGCUACCGAACAUAUAUAGUAAACCACUUACUGUAAAAAGAGAAAAAAUAUAGCUGUGUGUUUCAAAAAAAAAGUCACUGUAGACAACAGAUGUUCUCUCACAUUGGACAAUUUAAAUAAAGAGAACAUUUGGUGUUAGGAGCUUAUUUUGCUGAAGAUUUCUCCAUUCCCCAUGCUGAGGAUAAAGGCAACCAGUAGUGCAUUUUCUUUAGAUUGUUGGAUUCCUCUUUGUUAUGGAGCACAUCUGCUAACUGCUGUUCUCAUGACUUAACUCUGAAACUAUAGCUCUGUUUUUGCCAAAGAACAGAAUAAUUAAAAUACCUAUUUACAGAAAUGGUGUAGUUCUAUAAAAAGGCAAGCAAAGUUCACUUAACAUUCUCUAUAAUAGUUUAUUAUGUAUUUUCAAUUAGCCUUUGUUUUUUAGAGUUAAAUUAAUUUUUGUUGAAUGAAAUGACUUCAGGCAAGUCUCUUUUAUAAUGGUUUCUCGGAUGCCAUUUAUCCUAGUUUUUCAUGUUUUGUGUGUUUGUAAGUAUGAAUGUACUCUUUCCCAAACAUGGCAAAUAAAUAAAAGUAGAAAAUAAUGAUGUUACUUACAAAGGGGAAAUGAUUAGUUUAGAAGUGUCUAUAAAAUCUGUCAGGCCUGAUUGGGUACAAUUUUUUUUUUUAUUUUGCAAUGUACUUUGUAUACAUAUAUACAUGUUGCCAAUAAUAAGACUGCAACUGGAUAACACAAGAUUUUACUUGAACAAUGAAGGACAAAAAUCAUGAUUGUAGAAGAUAUUUUUAAAAUCGGAUUUUGCAGAGAUCACCUCUAAACUCAUUAAUGGUCUAAGAGAAUGAAAUGCAAUUGCUAAGAUUUUGUUGGUUAAGGUAAAGACAUAAUUUUUCUGUACUGUACUAUCUCCAUAGGAUUGUAAGGGUAUUCUAAUCAAUUUGCAUGAAAACCUUUUAAAUAUGUGUGUUAAAUAUAUUGAGUGUGGAUUAAAAUGUUGACCUGAUUUCACAUUUGAAAGUAAACUCCUCUCUCAUUAAGAAGUUACCCAUCUGUAACAUGAUGGGAGGUAGAUUAAUCAGCAAAAAUCAAUUGUAGAAUCCAUAUAUAGAUUGUUGUGUGCCAACAUUAUGGUUUUUAGUUUAACAAGUAAAUAGAAGGAUCUCUGGCCACAUUGCUGUUGCUUACGAAAUGAGAUAAAACUUGAAAAAAAUCUGACAUAUUGUCUUUUUGCACUGAUGCAGUGAUAACUGUGGAUUGCAAGGGCCAUGUUUACUCAUCUUUCUAUCCAACAACAAAAAAAUGCAAAUGUGAAGGAAAGCUUUGAGGUUUUACUUGAUGGGGAUUUCAUUUCUCUCUCUAAACUAAGAUAGCAGAUUUCUGAAAGAGAAACUGCCCUCAGCAAUAUGUUCUUUCAUCCCUUUGUCUCUUAAUGAAGGCAACAUUGACAGUAGAUGACCAGAAUGAAAACAAGUUGGUCAACUUCAAGCCCAUCACUGUCAGUAAAAGUAUUUAUACUUGUCAUAAGCCACAAAUGUUCCUAAAUUGAUAGGUUAGGAAUGGAUAAAGAAAAUGAUUCAUGGGUUUGCUUUUGUUGUGCAGCAUUCUUCCCACUAUGACGAUUGCCACUAUUUUGCUACACACAUAAUGCCAGAAGACCUGAAAAAAGAAAGGGGAAAGAAGGAAGAGGAAUCAUUGAACAUUUGCAAUUAUCCAAAAACUAAAAGGAGAAGUGAUUUGUUGUUAAAAUACUAGGGAUGGUGAAGUGACGUUCCUUGGGUAUCACCUUUGUGAUUCAGUCCCUUUGUAUUCUACAACAGACCUAAUGGAAAAAUGGCAAAAUAGCUGAACAUCUUGUGGAGUAUGUUCUGAAGUUAAGUCCUUAGUCUAUGUCCUUCCUAUUUUAGAGACAUUACACCUUUAAGAAAGAGAUCUAUUCAGUCUCUAUUUAUCCAACUUUUCCAGUUUGUUACCCAUCUGUAACAUGAUGGGAGGUAGAUUAAUCAGCAAAAAUCCAAAGACAUGCUGGAUUUACUAUAUCCAACCUUUGCCUUUAACUCUGGUACCAGUCAUUGCUCCAAAAUUUAUAACAAAUAGUCAAGUGGUUUCACCCGAAGUAUUACACCAGACACAGUAAUUUUUAAGCAGACAAAUCUUAGAGAAGGCGUUACUGGUUGAUACUUGAGGCCCUCAAGAAGUACUUUGAAGGGUAUCAGAGUUUAUACAACUAUUUAUCCAACUAUUUUUCUAUUGUCCAUAUUUUUUUCUUGUUUUCUCUAAGAAUGGUGCUGUAGUAGAUAACAUGCAUCGUAAUGGACUUGUGUUUGCUUGUUUUCAAUAAGGUACUCACAAAUGGGAGGGCACUGGGUCAAAGCACAUUGAAAAUAAUGCAUAUUUUAAAUUGAAAUAAAUGUGGCCACAUUACUUGACAAGAUUUUAGCAUUUCACCCUCCCAGCAACCAUACAUAAAUGAUAAGUUUCCAGCAUCUUUGCAAAUAUUUGCCCUUUUUAAUUUCUGUCAAUCUUAUGGGUGGAAAAAAUGGCAUGUAAUUUUUUAAAUUCACAUUUUUCAAUUAGGCAUCAUGUUUAUUUAUUUAAACUGCCUAUUUAUAGCUGUUGGUCAGUUUAUCGAAAUCGUUUUUCUUAUUUCUAAGAGUAAACUGAAUAGAAUCGAUGUAUCUAUGCUGUAAAGUCUGUUUUUUUUCUAGGUUCUCGUUGGACUUAAUGUAUCUUUUGCCAUUAAAAAUGUUUAAGUUCA